CUAUCUGUGAUGAGAUGUGGUUCUGAGCUCUUAAGUCCCAGUACGCCAGAUUUUUUUCUGAAAAUAGGACGUCUCUGUCUUGUACUGGAAAGGAAACUCCGGGAAAAGGACACAUGCCGAUGAAUUAGAGGGCGUCAUCUGGAAAUGUUUUUGUUUAAUUUUCAAAGAUUCUCCUCGGUCCUUGACAACACAAGAUUUCAUUUCGAAAUGGCAAAGUUGUCCUCUUUUAAGGCCGUGCCUACAUCUCAAGGCUGAAGGACGGAGCAGAAGAUGGAGGACAUGCUGGAGCUGCGGACAGACGGGAACUCGCUCCUGAAGGCGGCGUGGCUGCGCCGCCUGCGGCUCACCAGGCUGCUCCUGGAGGGCGGGGCCUACAUCAACGAGAGCAACGAGCGCGGGGAGACGGCCCUCAUGCUGGCCUGCAUGUCCAGACACGCCGACCCGCAGAGCGUCAGCAAGGCCAAGCUGGUCCAGUACCUUCUGGAGAACAAGGCCGACCCCAACAUCCAAGACAGGACGGGGAGGACGGCCCUGAUGCACGCCUGCAGCCACAGGGCCGGCCACGAGGUGGCGUCGCUCCUGCUGACCAACGGCGCCGACCCCAGCCUGGAGGACCGGGGCGGGGCCUCGGCCCUCGUCUACGCCAUCAACGCCGACGACAAGGAGACGCUCAAGCUCCUCCUGGACGCCUGCAAAGCCAAGGGGAAGGACGUCAUCAUCAUCACCACCGACAAGUCCGCCUCCGGGGCCAAGACCACCAAGCAGUACUUGAACGUGCCGCCCUCUCCCGAACUGGAGGACAGGUGCUCCCCGGCGCCCUGUGCCUCCCCCUCCGACAUCAGCCUCCAGACCUCGCCCUCCCCCGACGUCAACAGCCAGCACGACACGGUCUUCGGCUUCCAGGCCAAACGAGCCAUGGCGCCGGUGGUGAAAGCGCCCAACCCGCCGGGGUCGCCCACCAGGAGGCCCGUCAACCCCAAGCGGGCGCGGCUGCCCCAGCUCAAACGGCUGCAGUCGGAGCCCUGGGGCCUGAUCGCCCCCUCGGUCCUGGCCUCCUCCGUGCACGAGGAGAGCCGGAGGGCCAACUCGGACGAGGACGUGGUGGUGUCCGGGGUGAACGGGCUGUCGCUGGGCCGCCGGGCGCCGCUGUCGAGGCACAACAGCGUGGAGGGACGGGACGCCGGCUGUCCCUCGACGGGCGACCCGUCCUCCGCCCCCACGUCCGCCCCCACGUCCCGGCGGACGUCCUACGAGAAGUCGCUCCUGCAGCUCCAGGCGCUGGUGCGGCGCGGCGCUGUCGCCGGAGACGCGGAUAACGGGAUCGCGCGCGACGCGGUGUACCGCCGUCGCCUGGGCAACGAGCAGUACGACUCCGACUCCCAGCUGUACUCCGACCCGGGGGCCCAGGACUCGCCCAAGGCCGGCCCCGAGAGGAGGAAGCACAACGCGUCCCCGCUGGCCCUGCUGACCGGCUCGCGGGAGUCGCUGGACAGCAGCGCCAGCUCGUCCCCCGGCGUGGCUCGCCGACGGGCCCCGGGGCUGCUGGAGAGACGGGGGUCCGGGACCCUGCUGCUCGACCACAUCUCCCACACCCGCCCCGGGCACCUGCCCCCUCUCAACAUCAACCCCAAUCCCCCCAUCCCCGACAUCGGGGCCAGCAGCAAGCCCUCCUCGCCCCUCACCGCUGGCCUCCGGUCGCUGGCCCCCGUAGCUCCCAGUUCGCCCAAGGGCUGCCCCGGCCCCAAGCCCACCAAGAAGCUGCUGAGGAGGCACUCUAUGCAAGUGGAGCAAAUGAGGCAACUGUCCAACUUCGAGGAGGUGACCAAUUAGUAAAUUAAGGACCAAAAAUGUUAACCUGUGUAGCAGAUCUCAGGCCUGCCGUCUUUCACGUGUGAAAACAGGGUUCCAUUUCCAGCGCUGAGAGAUACGGGGCUGGCACGGAUCGAACACACAAGUCCAAACCUGUGUUGGAGAAGCACAGCUGCAGUGAUAGCAGGGUGUCUGGUGGAUAGUUGAAAGAUUAGAGCUGUACUAAGGAUUCCAGGAUUUCCCUGUUCCCUUUUGCACAUGUAGUCGUUCUGUACGCAAACCCAGUUGCUUCCCACUGAAACCAGUGUGCCAGGGGCGUGCUGUCCGUCAUGCACUGCCAGACACACACACACACACAC